AUUUACAUGGUUCAUCUUUUCUUGUUGGAAUGGUUUUGACAUUUACAUGGUUCAUCUUUUCUUGUUGGAAUGGUUUUGACCAAUUCGGUUGAUUGGUGGUUAGAUUAGAAAAAAAGAAUAAACAAACAAUUCUCCCUUUUGACAAAUUCAUAUAUUCCGAAUAAUCGCAUACGUUACCUGCUCUGAAGUUUGCAAGCAUUCAUCGUAUUUAAAGGAAGCAUCAUGCCAUUCUUUGAAAGUCCACUGCCGCCGCUCCAGCAACCUGUUUAUUUAAACACUGAUGAAGUAAUUAUGUGGUAUCUUCCCUUCAAUUUAAUCAAUUUGAAGCUUCAAAUGACUUUCUCUGCAGAAACAGAGAGUCCUCUGCUACCUGUAUAGAGAUAUCGAUGAGUCGGUCCAACAGUUGAUCAAUAUAACAAUCUAAAACCAGAAGAUAGACAAAGAAGGAAAGAGUUAUAGGGUGGAAAAUGAAAGGAAUUGACGACUUUCCUCGUGAUUUGAUCAUUGAAAUACUCUCAAGACUUCCUGCUAAGGUUCUCUGCAAGUUCAGGUGCGUCUCAAAACGAUGGUACAAUUUAUUAACUAAUGACAGGGACUUGAUGACGCGUCACUCAGAAUUGUCCAAGCUAAAACCUCUAUUAUUGAUCCGGAAAUAUAUUUCGGAUGCAAAUGGGGAACCGGAUAGAAGCAAAGUCACUAUUGAAUUGACCUCAAUAGACACGGAGGGAAAUAUAACAGAUGAAUUCAGGGAAGUACUUGAUGGACCUGUUCAUACAUUCAUUUCUUGCUAUCCUUUCAGUGUUUUAUGCUGCAUGUACUCGCUUUAUGUUUGCAAUCCUAGUAUUCAUCAAGUUGUUCGAGUCCCAUAUCCGUCUAAUGCUCGUCUAUACAACGUAGGAUUUGGACACCUUCCCAAGUCGAACGAGUUUAAAAUUGUGCAUUUGUUGUACCAUUCCUUUGUUGGAGACGGAAAAAUUGGUUGCGAGAUUUUUAGUUUUAAACAUGGUGAGGGAGUCCACUCUGGCUUUUGGAGAACACUUGGAGAUUAUCCUUGUAGUGCCUGGAUUGAUGGUCACCCUCUAUGCCUGAAUAAAGCUAUAUAUUGGGGACUAAUUGCUACUUCGUGGAACGACAAGUCUAUUCUCUCAUUCAACUUGGAGAACGAAGAAUUUAACGUUAUUUCUUAUCCCGCAUUUGAUUCUGAAAAGUACAUUUUCUUGGAAUAUACAGGGAUUAAGGGGUGUUUAUCUUUGGUGGGGUGUUCAGCAGGAACAUCUGCCCUGGAUAUAUGGUUGCUGAAGGAUGAGAAGAAGAUUUGGGUGUUGGAAUAUAGUAUUAGUCUCUCCCCCUUAAAUGUUAUGUUUUUGAUUCCUUGUGAUAAUCAGGGUGAAGAACUAUUGAUCCAUGUGGAGCAAAGAGGGCUCAUUUGUUUUAGUGUCAAGAAUCAAACCUGUAGACGGGUUGAAUACUGCAGAGCCAUGAAGAAUUUCAAUAAGCCAUGUCUUUACUAUGAUAGCCUUAUUCCUCUAAGCUCUGUGACACAUCGAAUUGAAAAGUACUAGGUAGUAUUACAGAAGACGAUAAAGCUAAGAUGUAGCAUUAUAUUGUCGAGUACUGUGUAUCAAAAAUGUCUAGAAUCAUAGAGAGAGUGAUACUUUCUACAAAUUGGAAUAUUUGGGUCACUGUAGAAGAAAGGGUCCCUGGAAUCUUGUUCCCUUGAUGGCGUAGAUUGUAUUUUUCUUUUCAUAAGCAUGUUUUUUUUUCCUAGUUUAUUUGUUUCGAUCUUUGAUCUUAUGUAUGCAAAGUAUUUUGUAUAAUAUAAAAAAUAAUUGCAGUUGUGUUGCA